AGCUAUUAUACGAAAUUAUAACAUACUUAAGCCGAUGUUUGAACAAGCGGUUUCCAGUUUUCUGAAUGUUUUGUUGGAGGAAGGUUAAGACAGUGAAUCAAGAUGGAGUUUGAACCGAACAAUAGUCUCCUAAAGCUCAGUCCAGAAUCUGUUGAAGCUGUUUACAAAGAGUACAAUUUGAAAAAUGAACAAUCAGUUAAUGAAUCUGUUGCAAUUUUACGGAAAUGGAUGCAGCAACAGCAGCAUUUUACGAGAACUGAUUUUAGUGAUAAUUAUCUCAGAUCCAUGGUAAUCGGAGGUAAAGGAUCUGUAGAAAGAGCGAAAAGCUAUAUAGAUAGAAUUUGUACGCUACGAACAACAGUUCCCCAAUGUUUUGGUGAUUUUGAUGUGAAGAAGGACUUGAAUUAUGUAUUUGAGUCAUUUAUUCCAGCAAUUUUACCAAACGUUACUAAAAACAAUCACAGGAUUUUCGUCGGAAAGUUAAUCAACAACAUUAAGAGCAUAGAGCAAAUCCGAGAUUACAUACGCUUUUCGAUGUGGCUGAUAGAAUAUAUAAAGGGGUGUGAUCCAAUUCCUGGAUAUGAAGUUGUAAUAGACUUAAGCGGAUCUGGGGUAGGGAGUUUAGUACAUUUUAUGAAUACAAUGGAACUUCGAAAUGCCAUUGAAAUUUAUUUGGGUGGUUAUGGUAUGAAAAUGAAAGGCUUACAUUUCAUUACUACAUCGAAGAUCAUAGAUGCCGUAAUAUCUAUCUUAAAACAGAUAUUCAAGCCUAAGUUAAUCAGCCGAAUAUUCGUUCAUAAAAAUUAUGAGCAGCUUUACGAUGCUGUUGAAAGGGAGUUAUUACCGAAAGAUUUAGGUGGUGAUGAUAGAUCUCUCUCGGAAAUCAAUAAUGACUGGUUGGAAGCAAUGUCGAAGGAAGAUUUUAAGAAUUAUAUGAAGACCAUGAAUAUGGCUAAAACAGACGAAUCUCGUAGACCCUCUGAUAAAUUUUGUGAAGAAUAUGCAGGAAUGCCGGGAACAUUCAAAGUUUUAACUGUAGAUUGAUUAUUUAUUGAAGUAGGCAUUACUUUGCCCAUCAUUAUCCAAAUGUUUUGGGUUUUCUUUUCCGAGUAGUCUCGUGCCAGAGUUUGGCGGGUCAACAUCUCCUGAAGAUGCCUCGUGUAGAGGCGAAACACGUGUCGAAUUGUAUGAAGACGGCGAUAGGCGAAAGAAGAAGAAGAUUGGCGGAAUAAUAACUAAAGAAAACUCAAAACAUUUGGUUGCAGAUUGAUUGUAAAAGUAUCUUGUUUUUUUUAUUUUUAUAAAAUGGAUAAUUUUUGAUUUGUUAUGAAAUAUUUUUGUGGUAAAAUGGUAGCUUUAAGUAUAUUUAUAUUUCAUGUACAGUAGAAAGUCGGAAAUAUCCUGAACUUUACAUAAAUACUAAAAAUAAAUAUAAAUAUAUAGUAAAUUGAUACUUAUAUAAUAAAUUAAAUAAUGAGCUGGGAAUUAAAAAAAAUAUUAAGAUUGUUAAAAUAUAGAAUAAAUGUU